AUGAACAGUUCGAUGGGUUGGUGCAGUGUGAGCCAGGAACUGCAACAGCUGCAGGGACUGUACGACACUUCUUCGUGCAUGUCGCCGCCCAGCUGCAGGAUCAGUACCGGCAAUUACCUGCAGAAUGGCAAGCCCCCGUACAGCUACAUAGCACUGAUAGCGAUGGCCAUUCAGAGCAGUCCCGAGCGGAAGAUGAAACUGGUGGACAUAUACAAGUUCAUCAUGGACACGUUUCCGUACUACAGGCACAAUUCGCAGGGCUGGCAGAACAGCAUACGUCACAACCUAUCGCUAAACGAGUGUUUCGUCAAGGUUCCGCAGACGGACAACAAGAACGGCAAGGGCAGCUACUGGACACUGCAUCCUGACAGCUUGACGAUGUUUGACAACGGCAGCUUCCUUAGGCGUCGCCGACGUUUUAAAGUGGACAAGGAGCAUCGAUCGAGUAACGUUAAGGCUGAGGACGGUGGAGACGGGACACGAAGAAUUGGUGGAGACAGUGAAAAUUGCAAUGUCCUUGAAAAAGCGGUCAACGAGGUGAAGAUGGCACGAUUAGAGAUUCAACAGGGGUCGCAACAUUGCUUCAGCACCAUCGGCUCUCACUGCAUCAACAACGAAAUUUAUAAGCCCUAUCCGUCGCUCCCUUACCCGUACAUGGUGAACGUCAAGGUCGGCAGGAGCCGCGACAACUUUGACUCGUUUGGCUCUCCAUUAUACAGUAUGACAUAUCCGUCAGCGCCUCAAUAUUCAGCGCCCAAUGUUACAGCUGGCACUGCUGCAGAGAUUGGCCCAGUAGCUGUCAAGAGCAUCUCGCCGUGCUACCAAUUUCCCAGAACUUCUUGCCGCUACGCUGCUACUCAGCUGUUUUGA